AUGGGAGUUUUCAGUAUCUUUAGCUCUAAAGAGUCUUUUGAUCCGAAUGUAUUCGAAAAGGAAUUGACUUCAAUUACAGAGAAUAUCAAUAGCAACAAACAACAAAUUAGCAAGUUACAACUGCGUCUGAAAUACUUGAGAAGAUCUUUGUCAAGAUACUUGUUCAUCAUAUAUCUCUGUAUUUUUGGAUAUUGUUAUGCAACCAUUCCUUCAAGUACUAUUGGUAAAAAUCGAGUUCAGUGGUUUAUAAGAGGUCAAACCAAACAGAACUUGUUGGUAUUAAUAGGAUAUCCAUUGUUUUCAGUGUUGACUUUAAGGGCAGUCUCGUAUAUUUUUCAAUUCUUCAUCAAUAAUAAACAGAGUUAUUUAAAGAGUCUUCAGAACAAGCACAAGGAAAAGAUUGAAGAAUUGAAAAAGAUUACCAAUUUUAACAAAACCAAUGAAUUGAUCAAUAAAUAUGGAAACGAAAAGCAACCACCAGUAUCAUUACAAAAACAAGAGUCAGAACCAUUUUCAAAUCAAAAACAAUCAGAUCACUUGAGAAACAGAGGUAAUAAGCCAGGAAAUCUCCGAGAUCAGGCUAUGAAGGAAUUGAACUUGCCAGAAGAUAAACAGUUGCCUUCACUGCAAAAGGGGCAACUGCCAAGUACAAAGCAAGCUCCAGUUCCAACAAUUCCACAACCGCCAGCUCAAAGAACCAUUCAAGACAGAUUGUUGGACAUAUUAAUAGGUUCAGAUAAUAGCGAGUCUGUCGAGAAUAGAUACGCCUUAAUUUGUUUCCACUGUUUUGCUCACAAUGGGCUAGCACCGCCACAUACUGAAGAUCCAGCUGAUGUCAAAUUUCAAUGCUGGAAAUGUGGUGCAAUGAACGGUAAAGGUAUGUUAUUCGAGCAGCCAGAUAUGAAGUUUGACUCUUCAAAGAAUUCAUCUUCUGAGUUGAUAAACUUGGACGUCAAAGAAAAUGCUGAGAACAAAGCACACGAAAGUUUAGAUCAACCAGCUACAACAAACAAAGAAAACGAGGAGAGUACAAAGGAGUUGCAAUAA